AUGGUCCAAUCUCAAUUAUUUAGCAAUGGAAUUGAACUUGCAUCUUUUGUAACAAGUUCUAAUCUUCUUAGAAAAUCAUGGGAUGUUAUCAAAUCUCGUAAUGUAGACAUUGCUUCAAAUGGUGGUGUUGGACUAUCAUGGAAACUUUAUAAAGAACCAAACACUGAUGUUUCAAUCAUAGCAUUUGAAGCCAACCCUUCAGAUUCUUUCAUACUUCAAUCAAAAUUGGUUUCUUUUACUAAACUCAAGGAAAAUAAUUCCCUUAAUUUUGAGUUUUUGUCUACUAAAAACAUUUCUCUUAACAUCACUCUUGUUUCACUCUUCUCUGACAAUCAUCGUAUGCUCGAUCAGUUGAAAUCCGAGGUUAUUACCUCAUCGAAGUUGAUAAUCACCGGAGUUGCUCUCGGAGGAUCCAUCGCUUCACUCUUCACUUUGUUACUACUAGAAAGCAUUGAUUCGAAAAAGAAAAAACCUAUUUGCAUCACAUUUGGUUCUCCCUUAAUUGGUGACAAAGAAUUGCAACAAGCCAUAUCAAAAAGUUGUACAUGGAGUUCAUGCUUUUUGCACAUUGUUUCUUGCAAUGAUCCACUUCCAAGGAAGUUCAUCGAAGAUCAUACUAGUUCUUAUGUGCCAUUCGGAACAUUUCUCAUGUGUUAUGAUUCAUAUUCUACUUGUUUUGAGAAUCUUGAUUCUGUUUUGACAAUUCUUGAGACUUUAGUCCAUGAUCAAAAUCAAGUGUUUGAUUCUAUAGAGUAUGAAAACAUUGUUGACAGGAUUUAUCGAAUAGCAAUUUGCAAGGACAUAACAAAUCAGAAUCAAGACAUGAGUUAUUCUGAUUCACUACAUGCAUGUAUCAGCUUGCAGAUGUUGACAUUAGGAUUGAAUCCACAUAUGCAGCAACAACAAGAAAUUGAUAUCUUUACUUUGGUUAAAAAGAUGGAGGACUUAGAGAAAAAAUUUAUUUUUGAGAAGAGGGAUAAAUUUGAUUCAUCAAAAAAAUUGAGUUUAAUGAAGAAAGACAUGGUGGACCUUGAAUGGUACAAGAAGAAAUCGAAAAAUCGAAAUUUAGGAUAUUAUGAUAGUUACAAGAGAAUGGAGUUCACAUGUGACCAAGACGUUGUUUUAAGCCAUAAAAGUCUCACAUUUUAUUGGAACGAAAUGGUCGAGAAAUCAUUGAUGAAACCACAAAAAGAAGAAGCAUCGCUUCGUACUCGUUGGCUCUACGGAGGAACAACUUAUAGGAGAAUGGUUGAACCAUUAGAUAUUGCUAAAUACUAUGGCAAGGGUGGUAAAGACUAUGUGGCUAAAGCAAGAUCUAGCCACCACAAACAAUUGGAGAAUUGGCUUGUAGAAGAAGCAACAACACAAUCCACCACAAGUGAUUCACAAAAUGUGACUAGAGAUGAUGUGGAAUCAAUUUUAACUCUUGAUUCUUGCUUUUGGGCUUAUGUUGAAGAGGCUCUAAUUUCAUGCAAACAAUUGAGGGAUGUGAAAUCUAGUGUCAAUGAAAAGGAAGAUGCAACAAGAAAAUUGAUUGAGUUUGAGAAAUAUGUUUAUGGAUUGCUUAUGGAAUAUGCAGUGUCACCAGAGAUUUUCUUAAGUGAAAGUAGCUAUAUGAAAUGGUGGAAUGAGUAUAAGGAAAUUAAGGGAACUUCUUAUAGUUCAAAACUCACAUGUUUCAUGAGCAAUGCUCAUAAUUAUAAUGUGCAAUAUGUUAGAGGAAGUUAUAAUUUUGAAUGA